AUGGACCUCCACGGACACAGCCUACCGCUAGCACAUGCCGCCGUCAGGUGCGCUCUGGUUGAGGUGUGGCGGUUUUCCCAGAGAGAGGGAACGGCGUUGGGCGACCUGACCAUCAUCACCGGAAUGGGGCGGGGGAGCCUCCACGCCUUCCAGCCAAUCAUUCGGCCAGAGGUUCAGCGAAUGCUGACGGACGAGUUCUACCCCCCGCUAGACUCAGCCACAGAGGUGGGAAACACGGGACGCGUCGUAGUCUCGGCCAAGACAAUCGAGGCCUGGCUCGACCACAACGUCGAGGCAAAGCGGCCGGUCAUGGCGAGGCUCGCGGCCGCUCUCCAGAAGAAGGCUUCGGUUGCGGCAGCGGCGGCGGAGGAGCUGAGGAUAGUCAUGCCGUCCGGGCGCGGUGUGCGUGCGGCGGGAACGCGCGCUUCCCCCGAGAGCGGACGCCCGCGGAGAAGAAGGAGCAUGGCACAAGCCGAAGCCGGCGCUGCUGGUGUGGAGGGGGGGGGGAAGGGUAGCCAACCCUAGAUAGGGAACGCUAGGAGCGGGGGAAGUUCGCACAGGUUUCCUAUGGGGUCGGCGGUGUUGCUGGAUUCAUGAUUGGCAAAGAAAUAGUUGGCCGGUGGGUGGAGGCGAAAGCCGGACGGCAAUGCUGGCGUUAUUUUGUCCACACCUCCAUGCGUUGUGCGCGUGCGUGGUUGUGCGUUUUUUUUUUUUGCGCCUUUUGGUGUUGGCUGUUCUCCGGUUGAUUGCAAGAGCCUGCAGUUCAGUCGGUUCCUUCUGCCGAUUAUUGCAGUACGAUUGUAUCUCCGUGGGCGUGUAACGUUUGCAUAUCAUUCGAAAUUCUGCUACCAUUUGUUCGUCGAGAGUUCCGUAAAUUGCGGGUGCCGCACUGAUAAAAGUCUUCCGAUGAAAGGAUCCAUCCUGAGCGGUAAAUCGAGAGCAGCAGUCAGAUCAAUGGUGCUCGCCGAGUUGGUGGCAAUGACACCCGUUCCCCGAUGUUUGUUCUCUUGCGUUUUCGUUCGUUACACUCGAAUAUUGGACUGCUUUUGCUCGUACCACCCCCCCCCCAUAUCAGGGGGAGACAAGGAGUGUGUUGUGCAGCUCCUCAUUGGCUUCUCGUGUGCGGAUAACUCGGGUGUAUAUAGGGACCCUGCUGAAUAAUUUCUUACCGUGAACGAUCCGUUUUUUUUCUAUUCCCUCUUCGGUAAUUUUUGUUCCAAGUAUGCAUGCCGGAGUAUUUGCAAGGGGGGCGAAGUAUUUGGGUCUGUGGUGGGGGGCAUCAGCCUCCUCGGGAACGAGUGACACUCGGCAAAGGUUUGGAUAGCGGUAAGGGCACCUCGGGGGUUGAGUGUGUAAGGAGUGGAGAUGUCGAUUUAUGGUUGCCAUUGUGUUCGUGAAGUCGUUGCUCCGGGGCGUGUCGUUUCGUUCACCCCCUUCGCUUCUCCUGACCUUUGGUUCUUUCUGGCUGGAGUACCGUGGCGUAACGGUACGUCCGAACACCCGGUUCCGAUGUAAAAAGAUACCGCGGGGGGCGAAAACAAUAUCGGCAAUCUCGCGUGGCAAUAUCCGGAUGGUUGUCCGAUGGUUGUGCAAUUCUGGCCAAGUAGUGCUUCCCGGUGAAGAUUCGCUCGUGUCGCAAGGAAUUGCGAUUUAGUCCGUGGUUCUGUCGCUGUCUGGUUGGGUGGUGAGUACCCCGAUGAGGCCAGAAACCUGGCGCAUGAAAUCGUUUGUUCUCCCGUCACUCAAGGCUUGCGAACCAGGCGAAGACAGUUUUGUGCGAGAACCGGUCAACGACGACUGGAAUUUACGCGUCAUAUGUUCUGCAGAUGGCCCUGGUGCGAUUUUCCACCCGUGCUGCGGAAAAUGGAUGUGUUCAGCUUC